UAUCAACUCGGCUGCUUAAAGCACACGUCUAUUUUACCGAGUGCCGAAAUGGAAAAUGAUCGCGAUGAAGUGCUUUUCUCGCGAGGAGCAGCCCAAAGCGACGACUCUGACAUCUGGGACGACACUGCUCUAAUAAAGGCUUAUGAUAAAGCAGUGGCUUCAUUUAAGCAUGCACUCAAAGGAGAGGAGAAUCCUGAAGGCAAACAACCUGGAAAGAAGCGAAAGAACACCACAAAGAACAGUAGCAGGAAAAAGAGCAAUGCAUUCUCAAGUAGAGAGUGGAAAGUUGGAGACACUUGCUGUGCCCUGUGGACAGAGGAUGGAAACUGGUAUCCAGCCACAAUCAAGUCUAUCGAUCAGUCAAGUGGGACCUGUGUAGUCGUCUACCAGAACUAUGGCAACAAAGAAGAGCACAAUUUGAAGGACCUCCGACCUACAGGCGAUGAAAAGGGUGCAAAAUCAGAAAGAAGUGAAGGCAAGAAAUCUACUGACCGCAGAUCACAGGUGCAUGGUUGUGCGCCACCAUUCAUUCCACCUGCUCCUCUCCCGAUGUUUCCUCCACCACCACCCAUGAUCGCUGACAUUAUCGAAGAGAAUGAAGCCCUUGGUGCCAUGCUGAUUUCGUGGUAUAUGAGUGGCUACCACACAGGAUACUACCUGGGUCUUAAACAGGGGCGCAGAGCACAGGAGCAGGAGUCCAGUGGCACAAGACAGUCUUCUGACAGUUCAUGAAAUGAACAUUUCAGUUGUGUAACAGACUACUCCUUUGUUAAGUGAAGUGUGUGCGUGUAUGUUCGAGUGUAUGUGCGGAAGUGAAUGUAUGUUCGGUUACAUGUGUGGGACUGUCAACUUGGUGCCUUUUUUAUUCAACCUUGUUCCAAUGGUCUGAUGUUUAUGCUUUUCAAACUAUUAAAGUUACCUUUUUUUGUAAA